ACCAGAUUGCUUCUGUCAAUAGUCCACACUCGCUGGGGCACUCGUUCUAUUUUCUACUGCAAACGUACUUUUACGUAUCGCCAAGAUGUUUCUAAUUAACCCUUGAAAAAGUUUACCCAUCGAGAGGAUUCUUCAGCCGCAACGCGCGUAUUGUGAAAUCAAACCCAGCAGAAAAACGCACAAUGGCUCGCAGUGUGGGCAGCAGUGUCGCAGUAGCGCCAGGAGAAGAUAUGGACGACAGCCGCUUUCGGAUUCGACCCUAUCAGCAGAUACUAUCAUCCUGUAGCGGUGCAUUGGUAACGUCGCUAUUUAUGACUCCACUGGACGUGGUCAAGACUCGCCUGCAGGCACAACAGAAGGUACUGAUAUCAAACAAAUGCUAUCUGUACUGCAACGGGCUGAUGGAUCAUAUCUGUCCCUGCGGUCCGAACGGUCCGAUGACCCCGGCGACAAUCAGCAAGCGUCCCCUACACUUCACCGGAACGAUCGAUGCGUUUACCAAAAUCAGUCGCUACGAGGGCGUCCCGUCGCUCUGGUCAGGGCUCGGGCCCACGCUGAUACUGGCCCUGCCCACGACGGUCAUUUACUUUGUUGCGUACGAACAAUUCCGCAUCCGGCUGAAGGAACUGUACCAAAGAAGGAAAGGGCGGGACGCUGAGCUGCCGAUCUGGUUGCCCCUGCUGGCCGGCAGCUCGGCCCGCGUACUCGCCGUCACCAUCGUGAAUCCGCUCGAGCUGAUCCGCACCAAGAUGCAGUCGGAGAAGCUGAGCUAUCGGGAGGUAGGGCAGGCGUUCCGCAGCAUGCUCCGGGUGCAGGGCAUUCUGGGGCUGUGGAAAGGAUUCUUUCCCACGAUUCUGCGCGAUGUGCCGUUCAGCGGCAUCUACUGGACGACGUACGAAUCGUUCAAGAAGCACUUCAACGUCAGCCAACCGACGUUUGCGUUCAGCUUCGCCGGCGGUGCCAUUUCCGGCGGGGUGGCCGCCUUCUUCACCGUACCGUUCGACGUGGUCAAAACGCACCAGCAGAUCGCGUUCGGGGAGCAGUUCCUGUACGCGCAGAACGGUGACAGCAAAGCGGCCGGGCCGAAGAAACCCGUCCGAUCCAUCGGUACGUUCGAGACGAUGGGAAGGAUAUUCCAGAUGAACGGUAUCCGGGGGCUGUUCGCGGGCUUAACGCCGCGCCUGGUCAAGGUGGCACCGGCGUGCGCCAUCAUGAUCGCAUCGUUCGAGUAUGGCAAGAACUUUUUCUACCGCUACAAUGUGCAGCGCUACCAGGAGCGCAAGGACCGAGUGGCGUCCGGUUCCGGCGACAGUUCUGUGGUUAGUAGCAGUUCCUCCGCUUCGCUCGUUAAUCGCGCACGCCAGAUAAACAAGUACUAAGAAGAAGAACAUUUUUUUUUCAAUCUCCAGUAACAUUUGGCAAGCGUCCUCAUCUCACGCAUCCUUCCCCUCACAAUCUCACGCGCGCGCUGGUUGCGGAAUGUGAGAAAAGCACAACAACACGUGCUGCUGCAACUAACUGCAGCGCAACUGAUUGCCGCCACCGUGUACAAUAAAUUGUUAGUCAUUUGUUGGUCCAACUGA